AUGCCUUAAUGUUGUGAUCUUGCAGGUGCCGCAGAAAAUGAGGAAGUACCCUUGAAGGCGCAGUUGCUUAGCGGUGAGGAANUGGUAGAGUAUUUACAGGAGAAUCAGAACCUUUUUGAGGCUGGAAUAACGCCUGUUAGCUAUGACAUGGAGCAUAGGAUAAUGGAUUUGAGCUUCAUCGACGAGAAUAGAAAGCCCAUCAUUGGAGACGAAAACGACGAAGGCGAUGACAUUCCAGAGAGGUUGAUCAUUCUUACCACAUAA